UUAAAUUUUCCAAUGGCGGGUGAAACUGACACUGAAAUACUUUCAAAACUUCCACCGAAACUGUUACAUAGGCUUAUGCCAUUCCAGAAAAAGGGCGUCUUGUUUGCAGUUCGAAAAAAUGGCCGAUGCUUGAUUGCUGAUGAGAUGGGUCUUGGGAAGACCCUGCAGGCCAUCUCUGUCUCCUACUACUACCGUGAUGAAUGGCCCCUCCUGAUAAUUGUGCCAUCGUCACUUCGAUACUGCUGGAUUGAAGAGUUUGAGAAAUGGCUCCCAGACAUUGACCCUGCAGACAUCAACCUGGUACAGUCGGGCAGUGAUGUCAGUGAGAUUGGCAAGGCUAAGGUGACAAUCACGACAUUUGGGCUUCUCAGCAAGGCCACCAGUCGGCUUUUAAAGGAGGCCCUCUUCAGUCAAGGCUUUCAGGUGGUUAUAGUAGAUGAGUCUCACUACAUCCGCAAUGUGAAGACAGCAUCAGCAAAGACGGUUGUUCCACUGAUCAAGAAUGCCAACAGGCGGGUACUGCUCUCUGGUACUCCAGCUCUAUCCAGGCCUGUGGAGCUGUACCCCCAGAUAGAUGCCAUCUGCCCGGACAAGUUUGGCUCAUGGUGGCACUACACCGCCCGCUACUGUGAUGCCAAGGCUGAGUGGAUCGGCAAGGUCAGGAGGAGAAAUGUCAAUGGAGCGAGUAACUUGGAGGAGCUACAGCACAUGCUGGCAUCCACCCUGAUGAUAAGACGGGAGAAAUCACAGGUCCUCACCCAGCUGCCCCCCAAACAGAGGCAGAAAGUUCUCUUUGAACUCAAAGAUUCUGACAUGAAAAAGGAGAUCCGUCAGACAUUUGAUGAGUUGCGUCCCCUAUUGAAGCGUAAUGGGAAGGACAAGUUUGAGGUCCUCACAGGGGCAGGGGAACAUGACACCAAGGAUAGCAACAUGCUUGCCCUCGUGUCCAGGUUAUACCAGCUGAGUGGGGAGGCCAAGAUAGGUCCAGCGAAGGAGUACAUAGAAAUGUUAUGUGAGAAUCCCAGCCUGAAGUUCCUGGUGUUUGCCUACCAUCACGCCAUGAUGAAUGGGCUGUCAGAGUCACUGCAUGAUAAACACAUCAACUUCAUCAGGAUUGAUGGGGACACACCUCCAUCAGAAAGACCUCAUCUAGUCCACAAGUUCCAGUCAGACCCUGAAACAAGAGUGGCGGUGCUGAGCAUUCUUGCUGCUGGAGUGGGUCUAACAUUCACGGCAGCGACAGUGGUUGUGUUUGCGGAGAUGUACUGGACACCUGGGACAAUGAUUCAGUGUGAGGAUCGUGCCCAUCGGAUUGGUCAAGCCUCCUCCGUACAUGUACACUAUCUCGUUGCUAAGGAUACCAUGGAUGAGUGGGUCUGGUCAUCUGUGUGUAAGAAGACCAUAGUAACAUCCACAACCCUGACAGGCCAUAAGCGUCAGAUGGAGGCUGCAGCGGGAAACAAGUACCAGGUAGAUGUCCUGUCUAAUGCUGAUGUCUGGGUACCGUCUACCAUCUCUGCUGACACUUCUGCAAUCACACAGUGUCUUCAGGCACAGCUGGAGCCUGGUCAAAAAUCCAUCCGAAGUUUCUUCUCACCUGGAGCCAGUUUUAAAGCUGCCUUGAAUUCCACAAAGCCAAGUGUGCUGGAUGUGUUAGACAAAGAAAACAUGAAUAUUAAUGGGAAAUUUAUCGAUGUCGGGAAUGCUAGUAAAAGUCCAGCGAGAAAGAGGAGAAAAUUUUCUGACAGUUUCAGUAAAAAUUGUUUUGGGAAAGCUGAUGACUGUGAAAAUGAUAGUGUAAGUGAGUUCAAGCCUAUAGAAUGUAUUGUGAUAGAUGAUGAGGAUGAUUUCACUGAAAAAAUAAAAACAUCUGGUAAACAUAGAAAGGGUUCUUUAAAACAUUUAAAGAAAUCUGUUUCUAAUAUGCCCAAGAUGGAUUUACAAGCUGCCUUUGCAAAUGCAAACUGUAGGAAAUCAGUUGCGAAAGAAAUUGAAGAUACUGAAGAACCCAUUCCCGGUUUGAAUGAUGACAACAGCAAAGGCAGCUCACAGACCUCUGGAUCUGACAGUAUAGUAAAGUCUUGUGAAGAUAAUGGAAAGUGGAGUUGUGCAGCAUGUACAUUCCUGAACCACAAGGCUCUACUCUACUGUGAGGUAUGUGAAACUCCAAACAAGGAAAAGCCAGCAAAGUCCAAAACAUUGGGAAAUGUUCAAAUACCAAGUGACAGCAGCAGUGUACAAGACAAUGAAGUGAAAAGCAAAUGUGCAAUACCGUUCAGUAAAUAUGCCAAUCGCUCUACGUCAAAAACAAUGGAGGACAGUUUGUCUCAAAACUCAUGUGAAACCGAUAAUGAAAUUAGUGAUGAUGACUUAGGGCAUGAAAUUGACUUUGUUCCUGAUAUUAGAUCUCAUAAUUCAGAGCUAGAAGAUUUUGCCAUUGAUGAAUAUAAUAGAUCUAUAACAAGGGUAGAAAAUGUCCAUGAAUGUUUUAAAGAUGGUGGAAAUAUGGAUGAUGUUCAUGAUAAUAUGGGAGGUGUGUGUCAGUCCAACCAGAACCAUGAUGUAGAUAGUGGCAAUGGGCAGUCCGAUGUUACAUUACAGUCUCAGUAUUUUAGCAACAUGUCAGAUGGUUUUGUCUCCCAGGUGCCAAAAAGGAAAGAAAUUGUUAUUGAAAAUGUUCUUAAAUCUAAGAGAUUAUUUGUAGAUAGUAAGGUCGAUGAGGUCAAAGAGGAAAGUCAACAUGAAAUGGUGAAUAAAACAGAAAAAAAUGAAGGCCAGGAACAGAUUGUAACUCCUGGUGGAUCUGCAAAACGAUACAGAUUCAAGUCUUUAAAGCCUGGAAGCCCAUAUGCAUUAUCCAGAAGCUCUCCAGGAGGUGCCACUAAGAGUGGUUUAACUAACAGUCCACUCUGCCCUUCAAGAGAUGCGAAAAGAAGUAAUACAAAUAAUACUGAAAGAUCAUUGUGUAGGGAUGGUGAGCAGAUGGAACCAAAUAGAAAUGAAGUAUUUUGCACUGAAAGUACAGACAACAGUGAAAGGAGAGAGGGAGAUAUUUCUAAUAAAGCAACAAGUACUCCAGCCACUACAGACCAUGAAUCAAAAUAUUCCAAUGCAAUAUGUGCCAAACAAUGCCAAACAACAGACCAACAUGACUUGUCCUUUGGCUCUCCUGAAAUUGAUGACAUAAUCGCUGCCCAGGACACAGAUGUGCCAGAAAGAGAGGAAGAGGGACGUGUGGUGGACAUAGAAAACCUGCCCGUCUAUAGCCGGCUUAGCUUCCAGGUGAGCAGACACACUGGGCGUGUAUACCUGCACGGGCCAGAUGGAGCCCCACUGCAUGUGAACUUCGUGCCGACUGAUGUCGAAGUGGGGAACACAGACAGCCUGCCAGAUGUGUUGCUCCAUCCUGCCAAUCUCCGCCUUGCACAGAGAUUUGUUAGAGAAUGGUCCAGCCUGUCUGAGACAAAGUGUCGGCUAUUGGUGAAAUCCUGUAGACCAUUUAUCAGCCCCCUUCAGGAGUAUGAGAGACUGCGCAGCUGUAAAACACUCAAUCAGCAGAGAUACAAGACAAAGUCUGAUGUGAGCAGUGCGGCUCAACAGAAGGCGAAAGAUAUAGGUGGUACAGUGAGGCUCCUUAACAAACCUGCCGGACAGGGCAGCAACAAGCAGGGAGAAACUUCUGGUACAGAACAGGUGUUGGGAGAGGAUGGUACGCCACACUGCCUGCAGUGUCUGCAGCCCUAUGCCAACCAUCUCCUCCAACAACGAACCAUACACAACGAGGACAACGCCUGGCAAACACGCUUUUGCUCACGCGACUGUGCACAGAAAUACUGGAUGUUGACUAACACAGAGUAUAUCCGUGACCAAGUGUAUGAGGCUGAGCAUGGAGUUUGUCAGAUGUGUAAACUGGACGCCCAUGCCCUUUAUAGGCACAUCAAGGAAACCCAUGACCCUAAAAAACGCGCAGAAAUUCUUGGGCGCUCCCUGCUGGCUGCCCUCGGGGUGAAGGUCAAGCAACAGAUGGUCCUUAAACCAACUCCUGGACUGUUUUGGCAUGCAGACCACAUAGUGCCAGUUUGGCAGGGCGGUGGGCAGUGUGACAUUGACAACCUGCGCACUCUGUGUGUGUGCUGUCACAACAAAGUUACAGCCAAACAGGCGGGACAACGGGCCAACGUAAGGAGACUUGGAGCCGCCGUCAAGUCAGGGGACAUCACUGCAUUUUUUCAGAAGUUGACUUAAGUCACUCAGUUAAUAUGUGGAGAUGUAACUGACCAUGUUUUAAAAAAUAGUGACUAUGCUGGGAUCGGUCCUCAAGGCGUUCAGUUCCAUGUGGGUCUGUGUUAAACUGGGAAGAAAUACUGCGUCACAUGAUGAUUUCACAGUUUUGCUUUAGAUACUGUUUAUUCAAAUAGACCACAUCUGAGUGGUUACCCAAACAGUUUGCAGGUUUAACCACAGGUGAACAUUCAUAUUGUGAUUAAUGUACUUUAAGUGCAGUUCAGAUUUUAACACUUCAGAAAAAUGAAAUUUAUCCAUAGAUCAGUUCAGGUUUAUAUCUGUGUCUCCUUCACAUAAAUGUUGGCCAUGUGUUUUUCUGACUCUAUUUGUAAACUAUCAUCAAUUUGGAAUCAAUUAACUUAUAAUGUACUAAUAACAUAUCAGAAACCCCUGUAUAAGAUCUAAUGAACAACAAAUUAAGAGGGCUUGUUUUUAUGUGUUUUUCUUUUUGCUGAAGACAGGCCACUUUUUGUGGGAGGAAAUACUUCACUUUGAUAAUACUGAGAUAAUGGCAUUAUUGAUCCUAUUUUGUGGACUGUGUACACUUCAUACAACAUGCUUGCCUUCAACGUCAAGGUCAUCUGGUUAAAUUGUAUCUGCUAGUUGCAGUGUUAAAAUUUGUUAGAUUAUAUGAUAACAGUAUUUUCUGCUUGUUAAUGGCUACACCAAAUGCAAGCAAUUAAAAAAUUUACUUGCUUUUCUCGUGUUAUGAAACAAUUACUUUGUGGAAAUGGUUUAAUGUUCAGAUACAACGUUCAUACGGCGGUAACCGAGACGAAAUGCAUCUUUUCUAUAAAUGUUUUUUUCUGCGCACCAUCAGGCAUUUAGACUGUAAUGUAUAUGACAAUUAAAGGCAAUAGUGUGAGUCAUGGGCUGGUAUAUCCACAGCCUGCACACAUGUGUAUCUAAUUUCCAUGCAUGUUAGAUAUGAACAUAUUUCUAUAAUAAUGCAUUGUUUGAAGUCAGUUUGUUAA